AUGCCCGCACACUCUCCAAUUGCUUCCCAUUUUCAGGGCAAGCUGACUGCCCAAGUCCGGAGAGUGUUGCCCGCCUAUCUUGUGCUUAUCUGCUUGUUCGUCUUCUUCGCCAACACCCACUUCUUCACCGCUCCAAUUCGGGCCGCGCACAAGUACAAGCGAGAACUGAGAUACCAGCAGCCCCUGAAGACGGCUGGCACCGUCAUUCCAAGAAAGAUUUGGCAGACAUGGAAGACGGGACCGCUCCAGUUCGAGGAACGAGAUUCGACGACGGCGAAGACCUGGCCAGCCAAGAAUCCCAAGUGGAGGUACGAAGUGCUGACCGACGACAACGACAUGCAAUACGUCGAGUGGCAGUACGGUGUCCAUGGCCUCAACCGACCCGACAUCGUUGACUUCUACCGCGAGGUCAACAUUACCAUCAUCAAGGCCGAUCUGUUGCGGUACCUCAUUAUGUACGCAGAGGGCGGCGUCUACGCUGAUAUUGAUGUCGAAUGCCUCCGACCAGUCAAUCGAUUCAUACCAGAGCGCUACAACGAGCACGAUGUUGACAUGAUCAUUGGUGUCGAGAUCGACGAGCCGGCCUUCGUGGAUCAUCCAAUUCUGGGCUCCAAGUGCCAAUCGUUCUGCCAAUGGACAUUUGCGGCCAAGCCCCGGCUCCCGGUAAUGAUGCGACUGAUCGAGAACAUCCAGGACUGGCUCCACGAUCUUGCGCGGCAGAAAGGCGUUCCCAUUGGGCAAUUGGAGCUGGAUUUCAACGAGGUCAUCAGCGGCACUGGUCCUUCCGCAUUUACCAAGGCGGUGCUCGACCAGAUGGCGGUGCAGAACCACGGCAAAGCGGUGACGUGGGACGCCUUCCACAACCUGGCCGAGUCGAAACUCAUUGGGGGCAUACUAGUCCUCAACGUGGAAGCUUUUGCUGCAGGCCAAGGUCACUCCGACUCAGGCAACCAUGAUUCUCGGGGAGCGCUCGUCAAGCACCACUAUCACGCCUCAGGGUGGCCGACUCGCCAUCCGAGACACAAUCAUCCCAUGUACGGCGAGGUCGAGAAGUGCAACUGGGCGCCCGAUUGCGUUAAGGAGUGGGAUAAGAAUGUCGCCGAAUGGGACCUGCUGCCGCAGGAGGAACGGGAAAAGCGUCUCGCCAGCAGGCCACCACCACCACCGCCAGCAUAG